AAUCGUUCCUGCUGGGGUAGAGGACAAGCAUGUGAAACCCGUCGAAGGUCACAUAUAAACAAGUCGUCUCAACCGACCCCCACCACGAGGAAGGACUCCAGCAUGCCGCACCGCCGUCCAUCCCAUGUCAAGAUCACCAAGACGCUGCAGUCCCUGGAGCCGUACUCUGGCCCGGCGAUGUUUGCGACGAUCUUUACCGUGGGAAUCGUCCUCGGGUUCGCACUGGAUGCGACGCCCAAUAUUCCCGAACCGUACGGCCGCAUCUCGUCCGUGAUCGGAUGGACGUACUUUGCCGCGUGGAGCAUGAGUUUCUGGCCCCAGAUCAUCUCCAACUUUUCCCGGCAAAGCGUCGUAGGCGUGUCCCUCGACUACCAGUUGUACAACCUCCUCGGGUUCGUCAGCUACACGAUCUUCAACUGCUCGUUCUUCUGGGACACGACUGUCCAAGCCGACUACAUGGCGCUGCACGACGGCCAUCGCAACGCCGUCCAGAUCAACGACGUGUUCUUUGCGCUGCAUGCACUCACGGCGACGCUGGUGCAAGCGUACCAAUGUCUCGUGUAUCCGUGCGGCGACCAGACGUUCUCGGUGCUGUCGCAAGUCGUUGUGGGUACUUCCGCCGCCACGUGCGCGCUCUUCUACCUCGUCUCACUCGCGUCGUCCAUGUCCGAGGGGCUGUUCACCACGCUCAACUUUCUCUACCUCCUCAGCUACGUCAAGCUCGGCGCGACCCUUGUCAAGUACAUUCCUCAAGUGUAUCUGAACCACGCGCGGCGGUCCACGGUGGGCUACUCCAUCUACGGCGUCCUCGUCGACUUCCUCGGAUCCAUCCUCUCCAUCGGACAACUCGUUAUGGACGGCGCUGUCACGGACGACUGGAGCGCGAUUUCUGGCGACCCCGUCAAGUUUGGCCUUGGCGCCGUGUGCAUCUUCUUUGACGCGGUGUUUAUGGUGCAGCAUUACGUGCUAUAUCCCGACACUGACGAGAAGCACGGACUCGCUCUGGUGGCUCAGCUCAGCACAAGCAGCAGCACCACUGUCAUCGUCCAAGUCGCAGAUACUGAAGAUGAUCCGUUGCUAAAGCAUGUCGUCAAGCCAACGUCGUCGUAUACGUUCGUAGCGGCAGCCGACCAUACGAAGAACGACAGUGUUGUGAUGAAGAAGAAGAAGUCUUCGCAAUCCCUUCGCCAUCUUCAAGAGAAAAUCGCCCAAGAUCCCAAUGUCAUGGUGCAUGUGCCGUACGUCGUCGUGUAGUAGAAAGACAUCAGUACUGGUACUGUUCACUCCCCUUUUGGAGAGUAGUAGUAGUAGUAGUAGUACUAGUCGUAUUUACCGCCUUUUUAUAAUUUAUAUAAAGCCACA